ACAGCGGGAGCAGGGCUGCAUGGAAGUGCUGAGUCAAGGGGAGGUGCAGCGGCUGCAGUAGAAGCUGCGAAGUCAGCACAAGCCCUGUGCUGCAGCCACCACCGCAGUGUGCAUGGGGAAAGGAAGGAAAAAGCACCACCAGGACAUAGGCCACUGCAGGUCCUGGCAACCUGGGAGAAGGACCAUUGUAGCCUUGCAGCCACAGGACAGCUAAACACCACGGAGGGGGAACAACACAGGCCUGAGGAGACGAGUCCCAGCCCCAUCCCAACUGGACAUGGUGCUCUCAGGAGACAGGGUGUUCCAGCUCUGAGCUGUCAAGACACUGUAUUGUGAGAAGACAGGACAUCCUUGCCACGGGAGACAGGCUGUGGUACGCUGAGGAAACAGGACAGGACAGCCCAGCCUCAGGGAGCCCAGUCGCGGCUGUGGCUGUGGGGAUAAUGGCCUCCAUCCGGGAGGUGUCCAGCUUUGCAGAGGACCUUCUGUGUCCCGUCUGCCUCUCCCUCUUCCGGGACCCGCGCCUGCUGGAGUGUGGGCACAGCUUCUGUGCACCCUGCCUGGAGGCCUGUGUGCCUAUGGGGCAGCGCCGUGGGCUGUGUCCGGCUUGCCGGCUGCCCUUCGCACCCCGCCGUGUAGCUGUCAACCGGGCCCUGCGUAGCCUGGCUGACAAAGCCCGGCUCCUGAAGCUGGAUGAGGGCCCCCCCGCAGGUGCCGGAGCUGGCUGGUACUUCUGUGAGGAGCACGAAGAGCCCCUCAAGCUUUUCUGCAGCCAGGAUGAGGCUCCCGUCUGUGUGAUCUGCCGGGACCUGCCCCAGCACCGGGGCCAUGACUUCCUACCUGUCAAGAAUGCUGUGCAGGAGUACCAGGACCAGCUCAAGGCCUCACUGGAGCCCCUGGAAGAAGGUCUCAAGAGACUCAUCAGGAACCAGUGCCGCCAGCAAGAGAACAUCCUAGAACUGAAGAGCUGUGCAGAGUCCCUGUCAGACCACGUAUCAGGGGAGUUUGAGAAGAUGCACCACUUGCUGACAGUGCGUGAGCUGGGGUUGAAGGAGGCCCUGGAGCAGCAGCGGCAGAAGAACCUGGCCCAAAUGGAGGACAAGCUCCAGGAGUUCAACUGGAAAGUGGCUACUUGGACUGAGACCCUUUCGCAGGUGCGAGCAGGGCUGGAGCACAAGGACCAUGUCAGCUUCCUCAAGGAUGCUAAAGAACUGAUGGAGAGGGUCCGUCAGGGGCAGGGACCCCAGGGGAAAGAGGCAGAGAAGACGGAACAAGUCGAGGUAGAAGAGGAGGUGAGAACCAGCGAUGAGGACAUGGAUGAGAGUGAGAAAGAGCAGGAAGGAGAAGAAGAGGAGGAGGAAGAAGAGGAAGCUGAAGAGGAAGAAGAGGAAGAAGAGGAAGAGGAGGUUGUGGAACAGGAGGCCAAAGAGGAGGAGGACGAUGAGGUGGUGCCUGUGGACUUGAACAUUGGAGAGUUUAAAGGUCCCCUGCAGUUCUAUGCCUGGAAGGAGCUGCUAGCCACUGUCCACCCAGCUCCAGCCUGCAUCAUCCUGGACUGCCGCUCAGCGCAUCCCAGCCUGGUCCUGAUCGAGGAGGCCACUGGCGUCAAGUUCAGCCCUGGGCGGCGGUUCUGGCGCCGAAAGCCCGAGCGCUUCACUGCCAGCCCCUGUGUGGUGGGCCAGGAGGGCUUCACCAGUGGGCGGCUGUACUGGGAGGUGCGGGUGGGUGAUAGCAUUGACUGGGUGGUGGGGGUGGCUCGGCGGUCAGUGAAGCGCAAGAGGCGCCUGAGCUUUCGCCCACGGGAAGGUGUGUGGGCCGUGGAGCGGAGGGGUGAGCAGUACUGGGCCCUCACAGAGCCCCAGACUCUGCUCUGUGUGGGUGGGAGGCUGGAAAAGGUGGGGGUCUACCUGGACUUCGAGGGAGGGCAGCUGUCCUUCUACAACAGCACCUGCCUGAGCCACCUGCAUACCUUCCAGGAGGCUUUCCAUGAGGAGCUGCUGCCCUUCCUCAGCACCCACUCCAGCAAGCCCCUCUCCAUGUGGGACCUGGAGCUCUGAGCCACUGCCCAGUCCUGAGCCAAGGCCAGACUGGGGCUCCCUGAAGAGGAAAGGCUCCAUCCCCAUCCCUUGAACCAGUCAAGGCUCCUACCCUAGGGCCAUAUUGGAGCCAGUGCCCUGUAGAGGGGAGAGAUCCUAUUUCUUGGGGAAAUGAGUCCCUCAGGCCCCAGGCUGUUGAAAAACUGUUGUCCCCCAUCCAUGAACAUCCACUAUUCCCAUUCCCAGCCUUUUCACUCCAAGGACUGGGUCCAAAAAGGGGAUGAGGUAGCCUUAAGGUUCAGGGUAAAUCAGCUGAACUAGGUACCCCCUGUGUGGCAUCCCUUUCUCCCUAUACUUGAUGCACCAGGAGACUGGGACUGGGAUCGACCCCACUCAAACCACAGGCCAGAUGUGGCCAAACUCAGUAGGCCACAGAAUUAAUUGGUCCCCUCCCCGCCUCACUCCCAUUGGGAUUUCUCAUUCUGGCCCCAGGGACAUCGCAUGCUAGACUGUUUCAGCCUCAGUGGCCUGAUGUUUGGGUCACUCUCCUGGGUGGUGGAAGCAGUGGGUCUCAGCCCUCUCAGGCUGAGGAAGGGCACUUGAACCCAGGUCUGCCUGCUUCCUGGGUGAGUGCCUGACUCCCCAACUGAGGUAAUUGUACUCACUGGGAUGGCUGGGUGUCAAAUUCCUAGCAAGAAGGAAAAACACAGGAAAGGGAAAUAUCUGUGGAUGGGGAGAACAUCUUGGCAGGCUCUCUGAGAUAGCUGGUGAGCAAUCAGCAUUGUUGAGGGGUGACAGGAGGCCAGGUGGAGUCUUGGGAUUCACAGCAGCAUAAAAGUGGGUACACAGAGAUCUCCACCCCCAAAACAUUAGAGGAUCCCUGCAGCAGGAUUCUACAUGGCAGGAAUGAAGACACCUUGGCAAAUAUAUGUGUUUGUCUUUCUGCUGGGGCCUACCACAGUGGGAACCCAAUUUAGGCAGAGGGAGUGCUUAAUUUGGGGAAGCCCAUGAGGGUUUGGGUGCUGAGCUGCUCAGACUGGGGUCAUUCUGGACAGUUGAGUUGCUAGGACCAUGCCAUCACUCAGCUGGACUUAGGUGCCAUCCAUCCUCCAUGCACACCCUUUGUCCUCAGCCCUCCUCUCCUCACUGUGGGGAUACCACUCCUUCCAUCCUAAGCCAUGGAUGAACGGCUGGGUACUGCUCCUGACUUGCCUGAGUCCAGGCCCCCUGACAGGCAGCCUCUUGCAAGGCAGCCUCACAGCCUACCCCACCCUCAGUCCUUCUUCCAACCUGAGGUUCAGCUUGGUGCUAUCAUUACUGGUGGCUUUGGAGGGAGCCCUGCCUUGAAGCUAGCCCAAACAGGAUCUCACUGCCUCAAGGUUUCUCCACCCUGACAGCUGCUGAAUGGGACUCACAGAUUUUUUAAGUUGCCCCCAGGUUUUGAUGCUGUGACCCAGAGACAAAGGAAAUGUCUUCACAUUUAUCAUCGUCAUUGUUGCUAUUGGGAACCAUCAUCAUCAUCAUAGGUUCAUGGAGGACAUACAGAAAAGGGAGCUCUGGCUGCCCAAUUAUAGAGUGGUGUGUGGAGUUAUGCUUGCUGUCCCCAGGUUGCAGAGCAGACAAAAGGGUAUUUGUUUUUUCUCAUGCUUCUGGUCUUUGCUUCUUAGCACAUGAAACCAGGAAGAAUUGUUUUCUUUCCUGAUGUUACAGAUAUUGGUGUGUGUGUGAAGGAGUGGGAGGUAGGUGUGGGUCCUCUUCCUCAGAAGUAUUGGGUGUUGACUGCAGUCAGUGCUGGGGAUUUUGACUGGAGUUUGCCAGUGCUCCUCCUGGGACUAAAACCCAGAGGUUCCUGAUUAGAGGGUCUUGCCUCUAUGCUCAGGGUCAGACCAAUCUUCACAUUUGGGAUCAGGAAGGAAUUUUACCCCAGGGUCAGAUUGGUACGGACUGUGGGGGUUUUGCCUUCUUCUGUAGCAGGCAGCCUGGCCCUCCUCCUUGGAUCUCUUGAGUGCAUGUUAGCAACCUUAGGCAGACAAGGUUCUUUGAGUAAAUCCAGUAUCUUAUUAGAUCAACUCAAAUAGUUGAAACAAUUCUUCUUAGCAAGCUAUUGGGCACAAACACCCUUUUUCAGGCUGAGGAAGCAUCUACAGAUGGUCUGUGCUCUUCCUGGAUGCAGGAGCACAUGGAUCUAUAUUUAGUCCAUGAUUUUUUGUAUCCAGUAGAUUUAUGAAGUGAAGCUUGUAGGCUUGUCUAUGAAAAGUGUUUUGUAAAUUCCCUUUGAACUGAGAGAUUGGAAAAAGAAUGGUUGUCUUGUGACAAGUGGUAACCCAGAAUUAAUUGGAUAUUUUUGUCUUUGAUAGAUUUGUGGUGUGUGUUCAUUCUGGUACGUAUCCAGGUUGUAGCCAUAUUGGUCUAGAGGAAAAAUUAAUCAGGACUCAUAAUAGAGAUGAUAUCUUUUAUUAGACAAACAAGAUUUUUGCAAAAAAAAAAUUCUUUAAUUGCAAGCUUUCAGGCACAAACCCCCUUCAUCAGGUAUUGGAGAAAAGAUUGUAAAAGUUCUCCUGGGUAGAAAUGAAAGUUCAUGUUUCAUGGGAUUUCACAGAGGAGUCAAUAGAUGUAGAACUCCUCUGGGCAGCAAGUUCAUAGCUGGUAUGGAGCCUCUCACCUCCUGUCUUGAUUGCUUUCAUUCUGGUACGCAGUUGUUUGGUUUCUCUAACAUAUUUUCCAUCAGGGCAUUUAGUGACAACCCUGUUAGCAACCUUUGCAGUGGUGGUUCAGUGACUGCCAUUGUUCCUCUGCUUUACCUGUGGCAGGUUAAAGUGCUCUUGGUGUCUGGGCAAUAUGCCUUGUAGUUGUGUGACAAGGUUAAUUAUAUAGUUUUAGGAACAGGUUAGACACGAACUUGUACGGGAUGGUUGGGAUGGCAAUGAUCCUCACUUGAGCAGGAGGGUUGGACCAGAUGUGACCUCCGAAGGCCCCUUCUAGCCUGACUUUUUUAUGAUUCUAUGAUCUUUCUGCAGCAAUAGUACCUGUCUGAGCCUCCAUUUUUUCUCUGUAGGGCCCCUCCUUGUGAUCACUCUGUUUCUGUAGAACGAUGGAUCUUCACUAUGACUUUUGCUGAUGGCAAUAAAUUUGGUCUCAAGA